AUGACAACUCCUCAGAUCAAUUCGACUUUCCACGUCCACAGCGGACAGAGCCACCUCAAGUGGUCCAAAGCCAUUAUACCAGUGUUAACUGUGGACUCACACGACAUUGUAACCUUUGACACUAUUGAUGGGAGCAAUGGGCAGAUCACAACCGUUUCGACCAUCGAAGACGUACUCAAAUUCAAGGCUGAGCUAGCAGAUCCCCUCUUUGGGCCCGUCUACGUUCGUGGCGCGGAACCGGGCGACACUCUCGAAGUCGAAGUGUUGGAGCUCAAAACCGCCGAAUGGGGCUGGACUGCCAUCAUGCCUGGAUUUGGCCUCCUGACCAAGGAUUUUCCAGAGGCUCAGCUAAAGAUCUGGCAACUCGAUCCCCAGGGUUCAUAUGCGACAUUCAAGGACGGUAUCCGAAUUCCAACCCACCCAUUUCUUGGAGUUAUGGGAGUAGCUCCGGCGGAAGGCGAGUUUCCUACGAUACCACCGCUUGACACAGGAGGGAACAUUGACACCCGUCACAUUGUCGCUGGGACGAAGCUCUUUCUACCCGUGAAAGCUCCCGGCGCAUUGUUCAGCUGCGGAGACGGUCAUGCUGCUCAGGGUGAUGGAGAAGUGUGCGGGACAGCCAUUGAGACUCCCAUGCAGGUGAAGCUACGACUCACAGUUAGGAAGGAUAUGAGUUGGGUUACUUCUCCCAAUUACACUGCCCCUUCAUCAACACUCACUCUGGCUAAAGAUGGGGGAUAUUAUGCCGUCCUCGGCAUUGACUCGGAUCUGUUGGAAGCUACCCGCAAGGCCGUGCGCGGUAUUAUCGAGUACAUGGUGCAAACAAGGGACUUAACGCGGAUCGAGGCAUAUAUGCUAGCCAGUGUCUCUAUGAGCCUCAGAGUUUCGGAAGUGGUUAAUGUUCCCAACUACGCUGUUUCAGCCAGCGUUCCGCUUCACAUCUUUAUGAAUACUUGUUAG